UAAUUGUAAAAGUUGUCUUCAAUUCCAAAGGAAAUAUGCAAAGGUUUGCAGCAUCUGUUAUUAUUUGUGAAGCAUUUGAGUCACAGGUGACGUCAUAUAAAAUAUUAUUAUUCUGCAAGUCCCCUUUAUAGUCGUGCAUAAAGGCAAUUGAAUGCAAUGUCACGUCAUGAAUUGUAUCAAAGGAAAAAAACGACUCGUCAUUGCUUUACGAGUCUUUCUUUAUUCCCCCAGCAGAUGUCACUGGUGGGUCAAAUUUUGCCCGCACUGUACAUUCGCAGCAUCUUCCUGAGCUAUAACAACUUUUAGUAUGCUACAGAACAGUUCAUUCAAAGCAAACCCUGACAGUUUAUACACGUAUUGGUGUUUUAGGAUCAAAAGUUUGAGACUUAAUAGGAGAACAAAUGAGUCAAAUAAAUUUGAGGUAAUUCAAAAGUUAAGUCUAAAGAUAGUUGUUGACUUAUAAAAUGACUGUAUUGACCAUUUGUUUUGUUUUUGUGAGUGAACAUACUGUUAACUCAAUCAGCAUCAUUUUGACACGCCAUUUGAAAACGUAUGCAACUGAUUGGGCUACAGGGAGGGGAAAACUUGAGAUGAGUAUCGAUAAUUACAUUCAAUGAUUUGGUUAUAUUAAUUUGUUUGGAGGACCACGGAGAGAGUCUAACUGCAACACGUGAUAAAACAAUCAAAAAAUAUUUUUCCACCGUGAGAGUAAAUGUGCCACAGACUGUUAAAACAUAAUUAUACAUAACAAUUUUGUCUAAUAAGAGACCUUACACCCUCCCUUCGCUCUGUCCCUCUUGACUUGGUGACAGACCUAAAAGCCUUUUGUUGCCAUCUUAGCCAAUGGAGACUGAUGACGACAGCGGGCAGCUGAGAUAUAUAAAGAGCACCCUUUUUGACCGCACUUGCACAUUUUCCAGUGACACUUCUGCACACUCACACACCUCCAUGGACUGAAACUAUAGUACAGACGACGCCAAAAGCAACCAUCAUACUACACGUGAUCGGGCUAUGCAUUCAUUUGAUAGAAAUUUGGUCAACUUGCAAUAAAGACCCACUGGAACGCAAGCCCCCCAACCGCCCACCCGCCCCCCGACUGCAAAAAGACUACUUCUCGGUGUUGGAUUAGAUGCCACUCUGGUAGGAUAAAGACAGGAGCGCCGCACAGCCAAGAGAGGGGAUUUAACCGGUAACGUGAGUUAAACAACAAAAAGGAAACAAGCAAAACAAAGUUGCAUUGCCUCGUGUCCACGCAUCGUCAUGUCGAGGUAUAACUUCUUAUUGUGCUUGAUGGUGCUCAUUUCCCUGGGACAGUCGGGGAGCGAUGAGCCCAAUCUGCUGCUGCCUCCCGCCAGCGAGACGCCAACGGAUGCCGGCCUGUCACUCCUGGACGAGGACGCCGGUUCCCACGAGUGCUCCGCCUGCGUUUGGAGGGAACAAAGUAAAGUGCUGAGGCUGGAGACCAUCAAGUCGCAGAUCUUGAGCAAACUGCGUCUGAAGCAGGCGCCCAACAUCAGCCGGGAGGUGGUCAACCAACUGCUGCCUAAGGCGCCCCCGCUCCAGCAGCUCCUGGACCAUCAUGACUUCCAGGGAGACGCGUCCUCCCAGGAUGAGUUUAUGGAGGAGGAUGAGUACCACGCCACCACGGAGUCCGUCAUCACCAUGGCUUCUGAGCCGGAGCCCCUGGUGCAGGUGAAUGGGAAACCGAGCUGCUGCUUUUUCAAGUUCAGCCCCAAACUCAUGUUUACCAAGGUUCUGAAGGCCCAGCUGUGGGUGUACCUACGGCCUCUGCAGCAGACAUCCACCGUUUACCUGCAAAUACUGCGACUCAAGCCCGUAACGGAGCAAGGCAGCCGCCACAUCCGCAUCCGCUCGCUGAAGAUCGAGCUCAACUCCAGGGUGGGACACUGGCAAAGUAUUGACUUCAAGCACGUGUUGCAGAACUGGUUCAAACAGCCCCACACCAACUGGGGAAUCGACAUCAACGCCUUUGAUGAGAGCGGCAAUGACCUGGCCGUUACCUCGCUGCGACCUGGGGAGGAGGGGCUGCAGCCGUUCCUGGAAGUGAAGGUUCUGGAGACGACCAAACGCUCUCGAAGAAACCUGGGCCUGGACUGCGACGAGCACUCCACCGAGUCCCGUUGCUGUCGUUACCCUCUGACGGUGGACUUCGAGGCCUUUGGCUGGGACUGGAUCAUCGCGCCCAAGCGCUACAAAGCCAAUUAUUGCUCGGGCCAGUGCGAGUACAUGUUCAUGCAAAAGUACCCGCACACUCACUUGGUGCAGCACGCCAACCCCCGCGGCUCGGCGGGGCCCUGCUGCACCCCCACCAAGAUGUCGCCCAUUAACAUGCUCUACUUCAACGAUAAGCAGCAGAUUAUCCAUGGCAAGAUUCCCGGGAUGGUGGUGGAUCGAUGUGGCUGCUCUUAGGCUGAGGGGAUGACGCGCUUGUGCACGUUCACCAUUCCAUCAAACCACCUUAAAUGCAAAUGGAGCUCUCCCCUGGCACCAGAACCCAUUCCUUGGCACCAGAUUGAAAAAAAAAAAAAAGAUUAAAAAAAAAAAACCAAAGGGUUCCAUUUCGUCAAAUUCAAAUGAUUCUAACUUGUAGAAAGUUCUGUGUGAAAUAGGAAUCAAAAAAGGGACCGCGUGAUGGAAAUACAGUACAUGAAGUGAAUGUGAGGUGCGGCUACAAAGAAUAAGAACAUGUUUGAUUUCUGUUGUUGUGUUUUUAAUGGCAUCUUUGUGAAAUGUCCAUCCAUGUUGGUGGAUGAAGAUGACAGGAGACAUUUUUAGUUUCGAGACAUUUUAGUUCACAGCACUCUUUCUUCAUGAGUGAUCUACAAAAAAAAAGGGGGGGGGGGCAGACACCUCAACCGGAAUCCACACCUACAAAUUCGAUUCAUUGCUCUUUACAGAUGUCUAGAAAUGUAACGUUUUGAAGAGAUCCAAAAGCAAACCCUCUAUCUAUAACACCUUAGUGUGACAUUCUCGCGUAUCUACAAACCCUUUUCACUGCUGCUUUGAUGUGUUUUAUUUGGAGUCUUGUAAAAACUCCAAAAAGCAAGAGCGUGAGUGGAAAGUAUGGCUAGUUCUGCUGAAGCGGCGACUUCCGAUAAACAGUUAAGGCUAAAACGAUUCAUAUCUGGGUCAAGUCUUGAGUUGGUCAAUUUGCAUUUGAUGAAUGGCUGUUGUUUAGCUACAUAGGUUUAUAUUCUAAACUUUCUUAGUUGCUUUUAAAUUAUUCGCCUCCUUGCUUGUUAUGGGGGCUAAACGAUAACCAUUCAGCGAAACAACAUUGCACUUGAAGUCAACAGUUGGCUAAGGUAUGAAUCAUUUGACGCUUUACUGUACAUCAGGAGCUCGAGCGUGCGGAAAAUCUAACCUGGUGUAAAUAAACAAAAAUGUCCAAGCUGGAUCACUGAACAUUAGCUAAAAUUAGAUCCAAUCAAGCCACUAACCGCCAUUUAUAAAAAUGCAUCCCUCCCCAUCCACCCCCCCCCCCCCCAGCUCAUUCUCAUCGUGAAGAAUUACUAUUGUUAGUGCUUAAAUACAGUAGAGCUUAGUACAGUAUGCUCAACGUGUGUCUUUGUCUCCUGGAUAUCCUAGCAGAGAUAUCCAUUUGUUGUAAACGAAAGCACUAUGCUGUUGGAUAAAGGAAGAGCCUUCUGACAUUAUUAUAUAUAAAUGAUAUAUGUAUAUAUUAAAAAGAAAAAGGCGUAAGAAAACCUUUUUUUUGGAGGGGGGGGGGCACUCUACCUUACCAACAAUAAAUUUUGCACUAUGGCAUGAGGAGGUAAAGUGUUAUUUUGUGUUUUUGACCAAGCACAAGCGAGCUUGGACAAUGGAGCCUCAAAGAAACUAGUCAAGCUUCUGCUGAGGAACCAUGCGGAGAAACUAGCAAGGUUAUCACUCGUUUGAUGCCACCACACUCGUCCUGGCUUUUUGUCUGAAGCGGGGGCCUGUCCACUCCAUAUGCAUUCAAUCCAUUUUUGAAUGUAAAUCCAAUUUGGACCCUGACGUCCUAUCCCGUGCCAGCGGCCUGAAAGGCCUCCUUUUUCCGAACCAAGUCAUCAACGUGUGUAAUGAAAGUCUGCGUCGAUGAAUACAGAAUGCUUUAACUGGAAAUGGCCCGCCCAUCUACUUUAUUACAAAGUUAGCGAGACUUUAGAGUCCGAUUUGCCUUUGUGUGUGUUUUAAAGGAAAGCGCCCAUGUAAGAAUGGGAGGAGUAUCCAGGGAUCGUUAGCCAAAGUAGAGGACGACAUGUCUUGUGCUGUAACUUGUGUUGUUAUCGCAGGAAUUAUGCUAGAACUUUUCAAAGGGAGGAAAAUGCUGUUAGGGGCAGUGGUUGGAAAAGAUUCAACUGGUUAAUUGUCUAUAUUUAUUAAUAUUAAUUACAAAGUCUGUCUACCUCACUUUAGCGUUCUAAAAAAAGGGGGAAAAAAAACAAGCUUUUAAAAAUGGAUUAAAAUGUGCAAAUGAACCCUCACGACCCCCAAAAAAGAGAAGAAGAAAACCACAGGGUCCCCGUACUCUCAGGCUGGGAUGGACUUCUUGACAGAAUGACUGAUGCUCACGUGUGAUAUCCGAAGAUGGAAUUAGCUGUGCCCGCCAUGGCUUGACUAUUGCGAAAGCCAUUUUGAAAUGUAGUCUUUGUAUACUGGUAUGUGUGCAAGUGUUUUCAUAGAAAUAUAUGAGAGUUAAAAAAAAAAAAGCCUCUAUGUAAAUAACAACCCGAAUGUUGACAUUUAUGACGUUUUGGACAGGUUCACCGCUUCUAGUGUUUUUUCAUUGCUCCAUACUUUGUGUAGUUUUAAAUAAAUCACCCCAAGGUUGUAGAUUAAUGGUUGUGCAUAUGAAUAAUUGUUCAAUUGUUAUUUUUUUUGUCUUUCUUGUUUAUUAUCAUUUUUCUUUUGUACAAUAAAUCAUUUAUUUAGCUUA